AUGAAACUGUACUGCAAUGGAUUUAAUUUAUUCAGGCAGUUAAAUAUAAACACACCUGUUUUGCAAGGGUUCAGUAAAGCUUUCGAAUUUGAGGUUAUAAAACAGGUAUGCAUCAACCACUCUUACACUGUUAUUAUUACGAACACCGAUUGUUUGGUAUUUUAUAAAGAAGGUAUUUGCAAUAUAAAUUCCGUUGUUGAGAAAAAAUUAGUUUUGCUCGCUUCUAACGAUGAUGAAUUGAUUUUUACGGAUGAUUCGGGAAUUUUGUACAGUAGUUGUUUGAGUAAUUUUAGUAAUAUAAAGACUUUAUUUAGUUCUGAACUUGGUAAUUCGAUUAUAAAUAUUGCGAGUGGUUCCAAAUUAAUUGUUGCUUACUUCUCCGAUGGUUCAAUUUAUAAACUUCCGCAGAAAUUAAGCUUCCGUAGUAACGAUGUAGUAGAUAUAAAAUGUGGUAAAGAACAUUGUUUAUUAUUAGAUAAAACUGGCAAUGUUUAUUCAUUCGGUAAAGGAAGUCGUGGUCAGCUGGGACAUGGAAAACUGGAAGAGGAACCCGAACCCCGAUUGAUCGAAUGCCUAGCAGGAAUAAGGAUCGAGAAAAUCUCAGCAGGAGGUUGGCACUCCUGCGCUCUGAGUCACGAAGGAGACCUCUACGUUUGGGGAUGGAACAGCAACGGACAGCUGGGCUUAGGAAAAGAAGAAAUUGACAAACAUUUCGUAGCUGUCAUGGCUUCUCCAGCUGUAGUAGAUUUCCUGGAAGAAUCCUGGAAUGCUACGAUGGUUGCCUGCGGUAGUCGACACACAAUUAUCCUCUUUGAUAAUAACCAACUAUACGGCUGCGGAUGGAACAAGUACCACCAACUGAACGAAACCGAUCGAGAAAAUUACCAUACAUUGACUCACCUGCAUGACUUCGAAGAUGAAACGGUCCUCGGGCUCCACUGUGGUCCGUGGAACUCGGCUGUUCGAUGCAAAUAA